AUGGGUGAACAGGACGGUGGGCGGUCUUUUGUUGUGUGCAGAGUAGCAGGCAGCGGGCAGGGCAACGACGUUGUCGUCUUGUCCACGCAAAGUGUCGAAUCGCCGCGCGAGAGCGGGAAUCUCGGCCGUAAAGGGCCGACUUUGCGUGCACGAGAGGCCGUGGGUUUCUCGCUCCAAAGUGGCCAACACAAGCGAGAGGUCUUGCGUGUGAUCCGUCCUGCGUUCCACCUUUGUAGCUUGGCCUGGAGCCAUGCUCGCAGGCGAAUUCGACCAACGCAUGAGCGUGUCUUUGGCGCUGCCAACGUUUCUUUUUUCCCGUGCUUCCUUUUGCUCCCGUCCUUUUCUUCCUCGUCUUCUCCUCACUGCGGCUCCCUGGCAUUCAGUCUGGGCGAUUCGCAGAGCGCUGUUGCGUGGACUUUGGCACUAAGGAUCUACUUCCCCUUCUUCGAUCCAAACCUCUUGGGCACGUUCUGGCCGCGCCACCCACAGGACAACCCAACUCUCCCGUCUGACUAUCGCUCGUGCAUCGAUACACCUUCAUCAAAAGCAGUCACCAUCCGGCCGGCCACCCCUUCGUACCUACCAGCUUCCCACAGCCGUGUAUUCCGUCCGGCGUUUGCAACCAGGACUUCAUCGUUGAUGGAGAAUGUACCGCCUCCACCUGGGCUAGGGUGGGCUGCACGAGGAACCAAGAGGACGCACAGUCAAAUGAGCGGCAGCCGACAAACGCCCUCUCGACGGACCCGCUCUCCAUCUGCCAUCUCCACCAACGAUAAUAGCACGCCCACCCAUUCCACCUCCUCGAAUCCUUCGGUCGACCCAGGCUUGCAACCUACCAGUUCUUUCUUCCGCCUCGACCCUGGAUCCUUCAGCCUUUUCCGUCUGCCCUCGAUUCGCGAGCUCGACGCCGCGAGGCCUCCUUCCGUGGAUCCAACCGUGGAGCGUCCUCGCAGCAGUCUAGCCGCCGCGGUAAGGGCUCGGACUGUAGCGGUAGAAGCGCCAAUGGAUGUCAUCGACUUGACCAAUGACGACGACUACGUUGAAUUCAUCCCCCCACGCCCGAGACGUCAAGACGUUCCUGGCGUCUUUGGUCAUGCACAGAGAGGGCCCCGGUUCCCUGCUGAGAUAAUUGACCUGUCUGGUGACACACCUCAGCGGCCGUGGCGGGAGCAGGAAAGAGGCGGCGAGAGCGGAGACAACUCGCAGAAUGAGGUGCAUAAUGGUAGUCCUGAGGUGCAGUUUGUAAGAGCAAGACCUCUGUCGCCACGGCUGCGCUUCGCCGGUGUCACGCCGCCGGCACACCGCCUGCCAGACAGGCUGACUCGAGGGCCCAUCGAAAUACCAGAUGACGACGAAAUAGAGAUCAUAGAAGAGCGGUUACUGCCUCCUCAAGUUCCCUUACCCCCGCCAGGCCGUAUCGGCAAUUUCAUAGCGACCUUUGGCACAGCGACACGGAUAUUGCAAGAUGUAGGAUUGAUUGCCCGAGCAGGCGGAGCAUCGCACCGCGCUUCACGACGAGGACCUCGUCCACAUCCACAGCCACACCAACGUGCCCGCGCGCAGACACACGUUCAGGUUCACAACUUUGACAUGCCGAAUCUGGACUUUGGUUUUGCAGCAUUCGAUCUUGGAUAUGGACGGGAGGAACCGCGAACGGAGCGGGAAGAGAGCGUCGUGCCAGCCCCUAAUCCCGCACCAGAGGGAUUUACACGUAAUCCCACCGAAGAAGAUGUGCUGGUGUGUCCAAACUGCGAUGCUGAGCUAAGUAUGGGAGAGAGCGAUGUAAAGAGACAGGUUUGGCUUGUCAAGACGUGCGGCCAUAUCUAUUGCGGCGAAUGUGCAGCAAGUCGCCUUGCUACGAAGCCUAGGAAGGGUAAGGAGCCGGUGAACCAAAAGUAUCAACCUCUCAAGAAGUGCGUCGUGGAGGGCUGUGUCGCGAGGACGACGGGUAAGCAGAUGAUCCAGCUCUUCUUAUGAGCGUAGAUAUGAUGAUGCAGCCAUUUUUUUUUAAAAAAAAAAAAAUUAAAGGAGUGCGGGCCUCGAACCCGAACUGCUUCGAAAGCCUUGUUGUUGUGUCGCACCCGGAUUCGAGCGGGCUCAAGCAUCAUUCCUACUCGAAUGUCGAUGAGAAGAAAAAGGGGGCAACAGACAUGAUUGCGAGCCGUUGCGAUUCGUUGGCCGCUUCAUGAUGAAUGUAUGAUAUUUACGCUAUGACGUGUGUCUGUUGCGUCACGGUUUGUUCUUUUACACGACAAAUACCCGAACAUACUCUGUGGUUUAGCAUUCUAGAAGAACUUGCAUUUUGGAGUAACAGGAGAUUCGACAUUAUCGACACCCUCUGUCUGGAUAGUUGGUGCUGAAGAAGAACAAGCAUCCGUCGUUCAUGAGCUUAUGCUGAAGCGGAGCGAAUGUUGACAAAGUGAGACAGAAACGGAGGAAAACGCAGCCAUCAUAUUCCAACUCUUUUGCGAGUUCUCAAGCAAAGCGAAAGUUAUGAGUCUCAAUAGGCAGCUUCUGCAAGUCGUUCAGGUCGAGUGAACCAUUCAGCUGGGUCGAAUCAUCUGGUGCUUGAGUUCAGGAAGAGCAAAGUCCAGUAUAUCACUGUUACGAAUACAGAUCGGCUUGCCAUGACAUCCAGGGGGUCUCCCAAGCUUCAGGAUUCAGUUCUUACGAGCUUGACAUGGCACUUUUCGUUGCGGCUGAACCUCAAGAGUCUCUUGAUUUGGAAAGGAACCUAUAUGGAUCUGAAUUUCUCUGGGUCUUGUGAUUGCUGCCCGUGACGCUCGUAGCGAAUCGGAUCAUCGUCUACGAAUUGCAGAAUUCCCAAACUUCGCGAACAUUCAGCCUGGCGAGUUUCUCAAUCGUGUGCGGCAGAACGGUGGUUACACACUCGGGAAGGAAAUCUUUGGAGUGGUUGGGAUCGAUGACGGCACUUGGUGAAGCUUGAUCUUUUCUGGCUUACAGGCAACGCGAAAUUCAAAACUCACGGACUCUUCGUCGGUCAGCGCCGCCGUUCGCUAUAAAAAGUGACGAAGCCACUCGCGCAGACGAUUUGAAUUGACCUGCAGCCUUUGAGUUCUAGCUUGAGUCCUUGUUUCUCUGUUCUCUUGAACUUCAUGUGGUGCGAGUUCGGAGAGAGACAUUUCGGCCUCCAUGAGGUGCGCCAUCUUCAGUGCAUCUUGUAGUUCAGGACUGCGAAGAAAGCUCUUCAAGAGCGGGUUAUUUUUUUUCGGUUUUUGUUCUCACUACCUUAUGGAGCUGCCAAGGUGGAUUUUUGGCAAUAGGUCUAAUUAAGCAAAUGAGACGUGCUGCUGCCACUUGAGUCUUGGA